AAACAAUCAUCUCGCGGACGAUCACUCCUCAAGUCUCUCCCUCUCUCUCUCUCAUCUUCAACCUCUCUGAUCAUCAAUGGCUGCGACAAUGGCUACAUCAGCCAAAUGCAUGUCCCUAAACCCAUCUCCUCCCAAACCCCUAAACCAAACCAAACCCACCUCCUCAAAACCCUUCAUCACCCUCCCAACUCCACCUAAAUCCACCGUCUCCCUCGCCGUCACGAGCACCGCCCUCGCCGGAGCCGUCUUCUCCGCCCUCAGCUACUCCGAACCCGCUUUCGCAGCUCACCAGAUCUCCCAGCUCGCCGCCGCCGCUCAAGGUAGCGACAACCGCGGCCUAGCUCUUCUCCUCCCCAUCGUCCCGGCCAUCGGAUGGGUCCUCUUCAACAUCCUCCAGCCGGCUCUCAACCAGAUCAACAAGAUGCGCGAGAGCAAAGGACUCGUCGUUGGUCUCGGUGGCAUCGGCGGUGGUCUCGCCGCGUCAGGGCUCUUGACGCCGCCGCCGGAGGCAGUAGCCGCGGCGGAAGCGGCGGAGAGAGCUGGAGACAACAGGGGACAGUUGUUGUUGUUCGUGGUUGCACCGGCGCUGCUUUGGGUUCUGUACAAUAUAUUGCAGCCGGCUUUGAACCAGCUCAACAAAAUGAGGUCUCAGUGAAACUCUUUUACAAUAUAAUAAUUAGUCAUCGUUCGUUGGGUUUCAAAUGUAUCAUUAAUCCUUUGUUAUAUAUCUCGCUUACUAUAUACUCGAUUUAACUCCAGAACUUUACUACCGCAAUCAUUUGUUCUUA